AUUUGUUUUGGCCAAUUGGCUUUUUCGCUCUUUUCUUCGGCGUCCUUCAAUCGAGCAAGAUGUCUUUGAGCAAGAUGUCUCGCAGGGGAGGAACCAAUCAUCGCCAGGUCGCCAAUCCCAUCCCGAUCAAUGAUCCCGUGCAGGAGUUUGUGGUGGAGAAGAUCAUCGGUAAGCGCUUCGUGCAGGGGUGGCCCCAGGUGCUGGUGAAAUGGGUGGGCUUCCCGGACGAGGACAACUCCUGGGAGCCGAUGGAGAACGUCGGCAACGCCAUGCUACUCCUCUGCGCCUUCGAGGCGGAGCGCUACAGGCUGAAGCACAGCGCCCUGACGGCCCUCGAGCACGACCUGACCCCCAGUCCCAGCACCAGCGGUGUUUCGCUGACCGAACAGAGUCCCCAGGAAUCCCGGAGAUCCAAGAAGCACUCCAGAUCGAAGAAGGAAAACCAUUCACCAGCUGAAGAACCAAACAGGAACCAGAAGGGAAAGGUGAAAGUGGGCAAACCGGCUGGUCCGAAACAUAAUAUUAAAACUGCUCCCAAAACUCCUACGGAACUGCCACGUUCCAGCCAUUCUGGCAAUGGUUUUAAGGAGAUUGGGAAGUCCCCACCAUCAACAAGUAAAACACACAAGCUCCACCGCCCCUUUAGAGCUCUGAACUUGAGCGAGUCCAGUGAAGAGGAGACACUGGGUGCGAAACAACAAGUCAAACCCAAGUCACCGAAACCUCGCCGAAUUCUGGACUUCCUCCAGGAGAACGAACCACCGAUGGCCCCUCCAAGGACGCCAUAUGCUGCGCCGCAGCAUCGCAAAGAAAGCGAAAAGCUUCAAAUGGCGAGCCAGCUAUCCGAUUCGGAUAGCUCCUCCUCCAGCUCUUCGUCGUCAUCCAGCAGCUCGUGCUCGUCAGGAUCCUCGAGCAGCUCAUCGACUUUGACUGAAGACCUCGAAGGGGUCAAAGAGAUAAGUUCGCUGGACAGAAUUCGAAAAGAGGCUCGCAAAUGGGAGGCCGACAAGCGCGAGGCCAAAUUUGGCGGUCUGAUGCCAAACAGCACUAGUCCCAAGUAUAAGAUGACCCAGCCAAAGCCCGAAAUGACUAGCCAACAGAAUGUGGCAAUCAGUUUGCUGUCAUCCGACGAAGAUCCGGUCGAUUCAGAGCUCCAGCGCAUACACGGCAAUGUUGCCCAGAAGCAGAACAACUGGAACUUCCCCGAACCACAAACGAAGCCGCUAGAAAAGCCAACGAAACCCAAACAGGAGUCGAAGCGGCACAACAGCCGUACAGCCGUAAGCAAGGAGUUGAGCAUGCUUCUCGCAGACCAACGGGAGUGGAUUCCGCCACCCAAGAAAGACAUAAAGACGGAACCGACGGAAGCAUCACCGGAGCAGCAGCUACAAGCUUGGAAAAGCAAUCGGGAAUGGAGGAUGCAGGAGCGCAAGAAACCCUACGGUUUUGAUCGCGGCUUGGAGCUGGAUAAGGUGCACCACUGCUACCAGGUGCGCAACCAUCUCUUCAUGUUUGUCACCUGGAAGGGCUGCCAGGCUGUGGACGCAGUGCUCAUGGAAGACCUCAAGAAAUCACACCCGAUGAAAGUAAUAGAAUACUUCGAGAGCCUGAAGAUCGGCGUUCGCAAGUAAAGAUGUCUAGUACCUGGUAUAUACAACUUUUUGGACAGAAGAUGGAAUUCUCACCGCAAAUCAUAAUCAAAGCCAAGUUCAAGGUUAUCUCGUCAUAAUCAUAACGAAGUCCAACGGAUCCAUAAUAUAAUCAUAUUCUUUUUUUUUGUUUUUCAACUUUAUUAUUAGUUUUAGGCACUGAAGCUAGAAUCAAAGUUUUGUUUCUAUACCAUGUUUUAUGUUUUCUGUACAUGUAGUAGCAUGUACCAAUCUACGGUUUCAAUGUUAAAAGUAAUCCGAUAUUCCAACUUAUUGUCCAAUAAACCAUGUUUUUUCUCUUGACAUCUGAUACUUUGCGAUGUCUUUGGCCUGCGAUAAAGGAAUUUAAUCCCGAAGGUCGGAUCACUUUUUGUCCGCGAUUCACUUAAAUAAAUAGUUUCAUACUAUAA